CUUCUGAUUGGUUCAAGAAGCGGCCGGGCUGCGAGGCGUGUUCAGCAGUGAGAACCAUCAAAACACCACGUAUUUUUUCACUGUAGAGAUGAAAAUAAAGGCACAACGCUACCGAAAACGGCAGUAGACGGUAGAGGAAGAUAAGGACUUCUAAUAACUGCAGGUGUGACAACCGGACGAAACAACAUUAGCGAGAAAUAAGAGAAUAGCGGCUCUCUCAGCACUCCCCAGCCGGUGGCAAGAUGGACGAGCUCGGGGUGGAGGUUCUUGGGCCUCAUGGAGCUUAUUACAAGGCUGGUGGCAAGGCAGGGAGGGUGGUUAGGUGAUGACCUCAACAAAAUUAUACAAAAACUCUGGAUUUCCAAGCUUGCUGUUCAUUGCAAAGGCAUCUGUGGUUGAUGUGGUUGGAGAUGAGGUUGUGGUGCGCUAUGAGGGGGAUUGGUGUGCAGAGUCUCGGGUUGCCAUGACUGGGGUGAGACUAGCUCCUGCAGCAGGACCGCUACCUGUUGAGUAUCCUGAGGGAGCUGAAGUAGAAAUCUAUGACAAACUCAUGGGUGCACCUCAUUCUGCCUUUUGGAAAGCCACCAUACGGAUGUCCAAAGGUGAUUUCCAUGUAGUAGAGCUAAAUGGUGUUUCAAUGCCAAGUGGUGAAAAUAUCUUUCCCUCCGAGAAGGUGCGGCCAAGAAAUGUUAAUCCUCCUGUUACAGCAAAGACCUUUGUAAGAGUAGAAAUUGAAGUACCAGAGGACAUUAGAGACUAUGCUCGGAUGGAAAGUGUUCACAAGCCCUUCAAAAAAGCCUGUAAUGCAAGUAGUUGUGUCUACAGUCCUGACACACACAGUCUUGUCUUAUUAUCACGAAAUGAUCAAUGUCUGAAACUGGCUCAUAUGUUAUCUGAUAUGCAUUUCCGAAAUCUGAAGCAAAAAGUGGUCUUACUUUAUCGGACGGAAGAAGCAGCAAAGCAGCUUGAAUCUACAAAGCUUCAGUCCACUGCAGGGUAUGUAGAAGAAUUCAGUGUCCGAGAAGACCUCAUGGGGCUGGCUAUUGGUGCUCAUGGGGCAAAUAUUCAACAAGCUCGCAAAGUGGAAGGAGUUACUAAUAUUGAAUUAGAAGAAAAUUCCUGUGUAUUCAAAAUAUAUGGUGAGACUGAAGAUGCAGUUAAAAAAGCAAGGUCCAUGUUAGAGUACAGUGAAGAGUCUGUACAAGUGCCCCGGAUUCUUGUAGGAAAAGUUAUAGGCAAAAAUGGCCGUGUAAUACAAGAAAUGGUAGACAAAUCUGGUGUGGUAAGAGUGAAAAUUGAGGGAGACAAUGAGCCUGAACCCACAACACCACGAGCUGAGGGUCAAGUCCCCUUCGUUUUUGUUGGCACUGUUGAAGCCAUAGCCAAUGCUUCCAUACUACUUGAAUAUCAUUUAGCUCAUCUUAAAGAAGUGGAACAACUGCGACAAGAAAAGCUUGAAAUUGACCAAAAAUUGAGAAAUAUGCACACAACUAAUAGUGUAGGAAGUAAUCAGGGCUACCCACCAAGGAGAAAUGAUCGGUUUCAUUACAGUGGCUACAAUAGUGACAUGGAGAUGGGAGGACGCGGCCGAGGACGUGGAGGUCCUCGAGGUGGUCGAGGGAGAGGUGGUGGCAGAGGCAGUGACCGCUACAAUAACGACCGUUCUGGAACUGGACGGUGGUCACGACAAGCAACUCCAGAGUGGGAUGAAGGUGAUCCAUCGCUGCCACCCAGGACUGCACGCCGGCACAAUGAAGAGCGGAGACGAGUUGCAGAUGAGGAGGAGACAGUAUUAGAUGCUGCUGAGACUGGAAGUGUUGGAAGUAUUGAUAGAGAUUCUAUAACAAGUGAAGGACGAAGACGCAGACGUCGUCAUCGCAAGGUCCGUCGUCGAGGUGGUGGUAGUGGUAGCGGGGAAGGUGGAGAUGGAGAGGUUUGGGCCACUUCUGCUGAUGAAGGCUGGCCUGCUUCUGUUGAUGAAAGUUGGCACACUGCUAAUGAAAGUAUGGCCACUGAGGAAAACUGGAAUGCAGCAGGUGAAAGCUGGGAUAGUCAGUCAGCUCCUGGACGAGCUACUAAGGAACGUACUCCAGGCUCUGAAACUGGCAAUCGUCGAGGUAGGGGGAAAGGACAUUUUGAUGGACCUCCAAGCAGGGAGGGAACGCUUCCUCGAAGGCGACCUCCCCGCCACGAAGGCACACCAGCUCGUCAGUCUCCUGGGAGGCGCCCACCUACACAGCCCAGAAGGCCUAAUGCAACAGCUGUAAAUGGUAACUAAAGCACACAAACAGUGGCCCUUUUCCCUAACCCAUGGCAUCUGUUUAAUGAAAAAAAAUAUCAUUCAGUCUUACUCUCACCUGUUUUAUUAUGCAUAAGCUGAAUCAGCCAUGGUAAAAUUGGGAGGAAGAGCCAUCUUGAGAUGUGCUAAUGAAGAAAAAAAAAAAAAAAAAAAAAAACUGAAUUUUUGCCCCUUUUAUUAACGUUAAUUACACAGUACCCUGAAGUUGACUUUCCUACCAUGAAUUAAUGAUGUUUUAAGCAACACAGCUGUCUCUGAGAUGGCAAAAAGAACCAGACUUGGCUAGAAGUUUAACUUUUUGAGAAAGGCAAAAUAAUCCAGUUUAGAUAUUUUGGCUUAAAGUAGGAACUUAGGUUUAAGAAUUAUAGAGUUUGAAAGAUACAAAAGUCUAAAGACAGAUUGGCUUGAUACAUAUGUAUGGAAAUUAGUAAUGCAGUAAUGUAACUAACAUAUGAGGUGUUUUGUUUGGAUUUGGAGGACUUAGAUGUUUGCAAAAAGAAAUUUUGACAGCCUUUUCAAAUAAAAAAGAUUAGUCACCUUUAAUUGAUAUAUAUAUAGUGCAUUAAUGUUAACUGCAAUUUAAAUGUUUGUUGGUUAUGGAUUGCCAUUGAAAAUAUCUAUAAUAAAAGUUUCAUAGAAUAUGUAUGCAAGAGCACACUCAUUUUUAGGAACUACAUUGUGACAAUGAUGAUUACCUCUGAGAUUAACUAAUAUAAAUUUGAGGUAUGUGUAGGUCAUUCUGACCAGGGUCUGGAAGGAGUAGAGUGGUGCAUAUUUUUUGGCUAAUUUUUAUCCUUAUAGAUAUCAUUGCUUUCCUUUAGUUUUCAGCUGCAUUUGCCUGAAGUUAAAACUGCAUGUGGUUACUAAAUAUAAAAUUAGGUUAACAUUUUGAGUCAUUUUCUCUCUCUGAUGUGACUGGGUAUGGGUAGUUCCUGCACUAGACAUGGCUCCUUUCUGGAGAGGUUACACCAAGCAGUGAGGGCAAGAUGCUCUCACCCUCAGGAGCAUGUUCUAUGCCAUCACUUGUUAAUGGUAGACAUUUGUUGCAUGCUAUCUUGAGAUUUGAAAUUUGGAGGGAUGAACCUUAUGCAGUACUUUGCAUUGGUUAUGUAGCUCUGUGAAUAUUUUAAUGAGAUCAAAAGUAAAAAAAUUAAGUUUCAAACAUAUUUGAAAUUUUAAAAGUAUGUUGUUCUGAUCUUUAGAACUUCAUUCAUGUCUUCUAUUAAUUAUCAUUUGGCUUAAAUAUUGAAUUGUCUUAGAAAUUUCUCUCUCUCUCUCUCUCUCUCUCUCUCUCUCUCUCUCUCUCUCUCUCUCUCUCUCUCUCUCUCUCUCUCUCU